AUGAGUGGGUUUCUUCUGAUGGGAUUUUCUGCCAAUCCUGAACUAGAACUCAUCCAUGCUUCUCUGUUCUUAGUCUUAUACAUAAUGGCUUUAACUGGCAAUAUCCUCAUUAUCACCGCAGUUUCCAUGGACAAUAGUCUCCACUCACCCAUGUAUUUCUUCCUGAAACAUCUCUCCUUCUUGGAUCUGUGCUAUAUUUCUGUGACUGUGCCAAGGUCCAUUUGCAACUCUUUUAUGCAUAAUGGCUACAUUUCCCUCUUGGAAUGCAUAGUACAGUGUUUUUCUUUCGUUCUUUGUACCUGUGCUGAGCUGUCCAUGCUCACUGUGAUGUCUUAUGAUCGCUAUGUGGCCAUCUGCCUUCCACUGCGCUACGAAAUCAUCAUGGAUGUCAGCACCUGUGUUCAUGGAGUCCUAGGUGUCUGGAUCAGUGGGGUCAUUUCUGGAACCAUGCAAACAGCUGCCACUUUCUCCAUGCAACUCUGUGGUCCCCAUAUCAUUCACCAAUUCUUCUGUGACAUCCCCCAGCUCCUGAAACUCUCUUGUUCUAAUGAGUACAUCAGAGAGGUUGGGGUCACUGAUUUUUUGGGUCUUAUGGCCUUUCUUUGUGUAGCCUUUAUUGGACUGUCCUACAUCCAGAUAUUCUCUGCUGUGCUGAGGAUGCCAUCUGCUGAAGGCAGAGCUAAGGCCUUUUCCACUUGCCUUCCCCACCUCGCUGUUGUCAUUUUAUUUAUUUCAACCAGUGCCUUUGAGUUUCUCAAGCCACCUUCUGACUCUCCAAGUGCACUGGACAUUCUGCUCACUAUCAUGUACACAGUUGUGCCUCCAACACUCAACCCAAUGAUCUAUAGCUUGAGAAAUAAAGCCAUAAAGGAAGCUCUGAAAAAGGUUGUCAGAAUAAGAAAAGUUGACCUCUUUUGUUGA